CCUGUUGAGGUGUUAACGGGGUGAUGAACAGUAACGUCCCACCAGCCUUGAGUUGGGCUCUCGAGUCACUCUCACGUUAUUUUGUUGUUGUCUUGGUUAUGUGAAAGGUGUUUAUUGUGUGAAGUGUUCGCAUUAUGCUGUGGACGGUGGAGUUGGAAGGUGGCCCACAGCGUGUUAACCAUGCUGCUGUUGCAGUGGGGGAAAAAAUAUAUUCGUUUGGUGGCUACUGCACCGGAGAAAACUAUCGAACCAUCCGAAACAUGGAUGUACAUGUUUUAGACACAGUUACAUAUAGAUGGAAAGCAAUUGAAGUUCGACAAGACCGUAGAACAGUGCCAUUUCAGAGAUAUGGUCAUACGGCUGUUGCCUUUGGUCAUUUGGUGUAUGUUUGGGGUGGAAGAAAUGAUAACACUGCUUGCAAUGUUCUUUUCUGUUUUGACACAAGUACGCACAAAUGGUCAGUUCCGGCAGUCACUGGUGCAGUUCCUGAAGCCAGGGAUGGACAUUCAGCAUGUAUUAUCAAUGAUCACAUGUACAUUUUCUCUGGAUAUCUUGAGUACUUGGAAUCAUACACUCAAGAUGUACAUACAUUAAACCUAAGAACAAUGACCUGGGUUUAUGUCAGGACUAUUGGCCAGGCUCCAGUGUAUAGAGACUUCCACACAGCCACUGGAGUUGAUGGAGUUAUGUAUGUAUGGGGUGGAAGAGAGGUAGCUAGUGGAUGGUAUGAUUCCCCAGAGCAUGAGGAAUAUGGGUCAGAUCUCUAUGCCUUGGACACAACUGCAAGGCGAUGGAGUAUUGUGCCUUGUUCAGGCUGCAUUCCAGUUGGUCGGAGAUCUCACUCUGCAUUUGUGUACAGAAGGCAGAUCUACAUAUUUGGCGGUUUCAACAGUAGAGAAAAACAACACUUUAACGACUUGCAUAGAUUUGAUCCAGUGACCCAUCAUUGGGAAGAAGUUCAGACGCUUGGUAAAGGUCCUUGUCCAAGACGAAGACAAUCAUGUUGCAUAGUAAACUCCAAGAUGUUUCUGUUUGGUGGUACUAGCCCGAAGGACAAUUAUGAAGAAGUUACAACGCCAGAAGAAGUUUUAUUUGAAGAACAAACAGAUCGGCAUCUUAAAGAUCAUAAUGAUCUUCAUGUCCUAGAUUUUGAACCAAGCCUCAAAACAUUGUGCCUAAUUCAAGUGCAGAAGCUAAAUCUUGAUACAUCUUGGCUUCCAAGAGAGCUCCAGGCCCUUCUCGAAGUUAUGAGCAUGCCCAACACUAUUACUCGACCACUGAACCAUACUGGAUAAGUCGUAGAUAUAGUGGGGUUUUGUCUGAUGCAUAAUUACAUUACUACCUGCUUAUUCAAUCAGGUUUGUGUUGUUUCAGCAGACUGAGGGAUAGGUUAAUGCAUCUUUGUAAAAUUCUUCAAUUGAUGAAUAUUGAAGGUUUGUUAGUGAUACUGUACUAUACUCAAAUUUGUCUCUUCCCUAACCUAUGACUUAUGUCACUUAGCAUUAAUAAGAUAUAUUUUUGUGAGGUAAAUUAUUAUGAUAGUUAUUAACUUUGUAUUAAGUGAAAUCUAAUGAGUGUGAUUUAGGUAAGCCAUGAUGCUUUCCUAUGAAAGUAACCUAUUUCCACUGCAAAGAAUCCAGAAAAUAUGUCGAUCCAAUCUGUCUGUCUUUCCGUCCCUCAGAAACUUUUCAGAUCUAAUCAUUCACUAAUUAUAAAUCUUAAUGCAAAGUUUGGCUUGGUACACAAUUCCAAGUUUGUAGGAACAUUUUCCAUUAAAAUUGGUUUUGUGUA